AGGAAGCUGCCUUGGGCUAGUAGAAGAAGGGGGAUCCAGGGAAAAGGCAGUCCCACGGCUAUAACAGGGUGCAGAGGUUAAAUUUAUUGGCAUUUUCAUUGCAAGUAUGGUCACUUCAUACUCUCUCCCUGAAGGCUUCACUGAAUUAGAGGUGUUUGCCAUUGGCACUGCCUUGCUCGUAGAAGCCCUGCUUGGGUUCUGUCUGAAUGGCUUGACAAUUAUUUCUUUCCGAAAAAUCAAAGAACUCCGAACACCCAGUAAUCUGCUGGUUCUCAGCAUUGCACUGGCUGACUGUGGGAUCUGCAUCAAUGCGUUCAUUGCUGCCUUUUCCAGCUUCCUAAGGUACUGGCCUUAUGGCUCUGACGGCUGUCAAAUUCAUGGAUUCCAGGGUUUCCUGACGGCACUAGCCAGCAUCAGCUCCAGCGCUGCAGUUGCCUGGGACCGUUAUCAUCACUACUGUACGAGAAGUAAGCUGCAAUGGAGCACAGCAAUCUCAAUGGUGCUGUUUGCGUGGCUGUUUGCUGCAUUUUGGGCUGUGAUGCCCUUGCUGGGGUGGGGUGAAUAUGAUUACGAGCCCCUCCGCACCUGCUGCACAUUGGACUACAGCAAAGGAGACAGAAGCUACGUCACAUUCCUUUUUGCUCUGUCCAUUUUCAAUUUCAUGAUUCCAGGCUUCAUCAUGCUGACAGCCUAUCAAUCCAUACAUCAGAAGUUCAAAAAAAGUGGGCAGUAUAAGUUUAAUACUGGUUUACCACUGAAGACACUGGUCAUUUGCUGGGGUCCCUAUUGCCUUUUAUGCUUCUAUGCAGCAGUUGAAAACGUGAUGUUCAUUUCACCAAAAUACCGAAUGAUUCCCGCGAUUAUUGCCAAGAGCGUGCCAACAGUGGAUGCCUUUGUGUAUGCCCUGGGGAACGAGAACUACAGAGGAGGAAUAUGGCAGUUCCUCACAGGACAGAAGAUUGAGAAAGCAGAGGUUGAUAACAAAACUAAGUAACCCUUUACAACAUCAAGGCAAAUUAAUGCAGGUACAUCACUGAAAGCAAAACCGCAGAGGAAACCAUGUGCAUUCUCUGAUAUGUACAUACAAAGGCGGUUCCACAUUGGAAAGGCUGCGCAGUGGCUUCAAGCAAUGACGCAUUGAAAGAAAGCCCCACAGAUAACUGUUCAAACCGUCAUGAGCUGCUUGUCAAACAAGCUGCCUUAAGCCUGUAUUGGUUGUUGUCAGUCUCAUUUUAUAUGUUACCACAAAUAAAAAAUCCCUACAAAGCGUUUUUUUUUCUAGACUAACAUAA